GUGCAGUGAUGCUGCUCAGCAAAAUGUUUAAUAGCUGAGAACAAAAAGGACUCAAGUCAAAAAGGAAAGAGCUCUAAUGAGGACGAUUCAGAUAAUGGCAUCGCACGAAGAUGUUAGCAGCUGUUUUUUACGUCUACAAAACAGAUCGGAGAAACAAAAGCGUGCUCCUCGCGUGCACAUAAAUAUCAGUGCGAUAUGAGCGCGAGACGAGACAACAAAACCCGAAAACAGCGAUUCUUCAAGGCGAACAGCGCUUUAUUUUGUCUUCAUCUGACAAUGAACACUGAACGAGACCGAAACGAGAAAAAAACCUUAACGCUUUCACUGUCUUCUCAUCGCAUCCGGCGACUGCAAUAAGGAUUUGUGACAAACUGACGGCAAGAACACAAUUUAACGGGACUUGAAAAUGAAAUCAUCCCUGUAUGAAGACGUGAUGGAAUGGAAAUAACUGUUUAAGUUUGACAGCUUCAUAAAAGUGACCCGAGGACAUCACCUCUAUUGUGUUCUGGCUACUUCUGACAGCACAAAAGGCGAACUGCCCCCCGUUUUUAAUGGGUACCUUCUAAACUGGAUUUUACGGAUUUUUCCCCCCAGUUAGACUCAAGUGCACAGUAAGGACAGCCACAAGACAGCAGAGCAUCUGCCAACACACAUACUCUCCUGUGAUGAUAACAUCCACAGCAGUAGCUACUGCGUUUAGACAUGCCCAUUUUAGUGGUAAAAAUAAUUUCACGCUGUACGAGACCAACACUAAACGGACAGCAGUUACUUCAAUUUUACACUGAGUGGGUGAUGUUGCUGUGAUGAGGAUGCGCUUUCCUCUGAAGAAAAUCCGCAAGCAGUUCAAACUCCUUCUGCUACUUGUCUUGCUUAUGUUUGUAAUUGGGUUCACAUAUUUUCACAUCAACCAAGGCAAAGCCAUUAAACUCCACUUCAACUAUGGUAAAGAUAUGGAGAAGCAGGCAGACGGGAUGGGGUCCAGUCAUAAGAAACACCCUCCCUCAUCACUCAUCCCCUCUGAGCACAAGGAUGAUGUUGACAGUCAGGAGGAGGGUUGGGGGGAGGAAGAGCUCGGUGAGUCUGCUCAGGAGAGCAUUGCCAACGCUGAGAUGCGCAGACUCCUCAGCCAAAAGUUCUUCAGGUUGCCAUGGAAACCAGAGUAUAAAGGUCAGGCCAAUCUGCAUGUGUUUGAAGACUGGUGUGGCUCAUCUGUCUUCCAACUCAGGAAGAAUCUUCAUUUCCCACUCUAUCCACAUACCAGGACCACAGUGAAGAAAAUUGCAGUGGCUCCAAAGUGGAAGAAUUAUGGCCUUAGAAUCUUUGGAUUCAUUCAUCCUUAUAAAGAUGGGGAUUUUCAGUUCGCCAUUGCAUCAGAGGACAACUCUGAACUGUGGCUAAGCUCAGAUGAGAAUCCGCUCAAUGCCAGACUGCUGGUGUAUGUAGGACAGCAUGGCUCAGAGUGGACGGCUCCAGGAGAGUUCAGCAAAUUCAGAUCCCAAACUUCCAAACCUGUGCGUCUCAUGUCCUCACGGCGAUACUACUUUGAGGUUUUGCACAAGCAAGACGACAGAGGUUCAGACCAUGUGGAGGUGGGGUGGAGACCAUUCCUGCCCGGGUUGACGUAUGACGUUAUUGACUCAGCUUAUAUCUCUUUGUACACAGAUGAAUCUAGUUUGAAGAUGAACAGUGUAAGGCACAUCCCACAGACACAGGCCAGUCACUCUCUCGCUCUGCAUGUAAACCACAGGAUAGGGAUACAUACUGCAGACAUGCUCAAAGCAGACCCACGAGACACCAUCUACAAGGUUCCCAUGAUAGACCAGUCCAGGCUGGAGAAUGUUCUGCCAUCUUGUGUUUACUCUCCUACAUACGUGGUAAAGGACUUCCCUAUUGCACGUUAUCAAGGCCUGCAGUUUGUUUACCUGUCCUAUGUAUACCCCAAUGACUUCACCAGACUUACUCAUAUGGAAAAAAAGAACAAAUGCUUCUACCGAGAGUCUCCUGUCUACUUAGAAAAAUUUGGCUUCUAUAAGUACAUGAAGAUGGAUGAGGAGGAAGAUGACCAGCCCAUUUUCUUCCCUAAACCUGAUGAUUUUCUGGAGGAGGAAGAGGGUGUCGACCUAGAGGAGACAAUCAAUUUCAGCAACCGGCCAGGCAGGAAGACAGUGUAUACCAGCCCACCCUAUCAAACUUCAAGGAUUACAGCUACCACUGCCUCCUCAAAGGCUGAUAGAAUAGACAAGGGUUCAAAGAAUUAUGUCUCUCAGCAAGGGAGGCAAUACAUUCUAUUAAAAGGGCAAGAGAAGAGUAAAAGAAAAAGAGUGGAAAGUUUUCAUAAAAACUCUCUGGUGCAAGUGGUGGAUGAUGAAAUUACAAAUACAAGACAUAUAGAAAAAGCAAAAGGUAGUGCAGGUGCCCUAGAGUCUCAGAGUGGAGCUUUAAAUGAACAGAUAGAGCACGGUGGUUCCCAAACACCUGCACUUAUUCAAAGAGGGCGUUCAUUAACAUGGCUACUCCCUGACCCAGGUUUGUCAACUAAGAGCAAACGUCCUCAAAUGUCCCCUCUUUAUGUGUUGGCUAAUAGGAUUUUAAGUAAUGCAGGCAACCCUGUUGUUGUUGGGACUAAUGUGGAAAAAGAGACCAAUACCAACAAAAUGUACAUCACUAGACCCCACCCACCAAGAAGCAGACCAAAAAGCAUACCGAUACCUCCAGUGGAAGUGUUCCCUGGUGUCUUCCUUUAUCAGUCUAGAAAAUCCAAGCGGCUUAUGGAUUUAAGCUCAAAAUGGAGGUCCUUAAAAACACAAGCCACAGCUUCUCUCAUCUGGCCCAGUGCCCACCUAAUGGACCAUAAGACUUUUACCCAACCAACUCUAUUAAAGCACAGUCAUCCGUUCUUGCCUACGGAGCCUGGAACUUAUUAUAAGGGCAACCCUACCACCUCCAUAUCAGAUCCAAACAGCUUUACCCCAUCAAGCCAAGAAAAGAGAGACCACCCUGGGCUAAACUCAUCUGAGAACAACCAACCUCUGGAGGUGCAGACAACAAAAAUCUCCAAGAUGCCAGAGGGUUCAGACAUGGCUCAGCAGAGCAGGGGUCUUGAGGAAGGAGAGAUGUCAGAGACCAGUUACGAGGAGGCAGCACUGAGGCCAAGCUUGAUGGAGGAGGCCAUUAACUGGCAGCGAACGUUCAGCGUGAACCCAGUGGACUUUGAGCUGCUAAGGUCAGACUGGAACGACCUGAGAUGUAACGUCUCAGGGAAUCUGCAGCUUGCGGAGAAUGAGGUUGUUGAUGUGAUCUCACAGUACAUGGAGAGGCUGAAUGAACGGAAUGGAGGGAACUACACUCUUAUCCGUAUUGUAAAUGUAGAGAAGCGGAGAGAUUCAGCCAGGGGCAACCGGUAUUUGGUGGAGCUGCUUUUGAUGGAGGGAGGGAAGAGGGUUGUGCGUCUGUCUGAGUACAUCUAUCUCCUGUUGCACCGCAGUCGACAUGAGGACGGAAUUGAGAGUAGAGAAGGAACCAUGGCCUCGUCCCACCAUACACCCUCCAAAACCCCACCACCCAGUGGCUCCAGUACCCCAAACCAUACCAAUUCACCCUGGAGUAUCAGUUGGACCAAGCCCUUGCUCUGCCAGCCAGCCAUGUUACAGUGGAGGCAUGACGUGAUGGUACACUUUGUUGUGCCAGUAAAGAAUCAGGCUCGCUGGGUGCAGCAGUUUAUCUCUGAUAUGGAGCUUCUGCACCGUGAAACCAAGGAUGAGAAUUUUAAUAUGAUCAUUGUGGACUUCCAGAGCGAUGACAUGGAUGUGGAGCAGGCACUGAAGGAGAGCACUGUUCCCAGGUAUGAAUAUUUGAAACGUGAAGGGAACUUUGAGAGAUCCUCCGGGUUACAGUUGGGUGUGAAUAUUAUAGAGGACAAUCACAGCAUAGUUUUCCUAUGUGACUUGCACAUUCACUUCCCUCACAACAUCCUGGAGACCAUUAGGAAGCACUGUGUGGAAGGCAGACUGGCAUUCGCACCCAUAGUCAUGAGACUGGACUGUGGAAGUUCACCUCUGGAGCCUGAUGGCUAUUGGGAAGUGAAUGGCUUUGGCUUGUUGGGGAUUUAUAAGUCCGAUUUUGAUAAAAUUGGUGGUAUGAACACAGAGGAGUUUAAAGACCGCUGGGGAGGAGAAGACUGGGAACUGUUGGACAGGGUUCUGCAGAAUGGACUAGAGGUAGAGAGACUGAGAUUAAGGAACUUUUACCACUAUUUCCACUCUAAGCGGGGCAUGUGGAACACUCCUAUUCAAAGACCACCUCAAGGAUAACAGAACACGGAGGACCAUGCUGUUGCUAUUGACUGACUUUGCGCUUGCGGUGGCCAUUUCUGCCCCAGAUGACCCUUACAGGGGAUACAUGGGCUUGCCACACUGUGUCUGAUAUAAGAACUGAAGUUUUUCUUAAAGGAAUUUUCCGGAUUCAAUGCAAGUUAAGCUCAAUCAACAGCAUUUGUGGCAAAAUGUUGAUUACCACAAAAAAAAAAAAAAAAAAAAAAGAAAAAGAAAAAUCUGGGUUACAGUGUGGCACUUACAAUGGAAGUCAAUGGGGCCAAUUCGUAAAUGUUAAAAUACUCUCUAUUUCAAAAGUACAGUGCAUUUAUAAAAUUAUAAGCUUUACAUUUCUGUCUUUAAACCCACCAAAAAUUGGCCCCGUUCACUGCCAUUGUAAGUGCCUCGCUUUACCUUUUUUUUUUUUUUUUUUUUUUUGCUAAUUAUGCCACAAAUGCUGUGGAUUGAGCUUAACUUGUAUUGAAUCCGGAAUAUUCCUUUAAGGGCUUUGCCAAAUUUGAUUCAACUUUUACUUGAUGGAUAAAAUAUGAACCUUUGAGAACACCAACAGAAUGCUUGGACAAUUUAUGGCACUUGUCUUUGAAAAGGAUGUGAGCAGAAAGGAUUGUCCAAAAUACUGUAGAUUGUCUCCCUUUAUUUCAUACUUACUAAGUAGUUUUUAAUAUUGGAGGUUUAUUUGAAGUACUUAUAAUGGAGGGUGCCAAAAUGUAAAGAAUACUAGAAUAAAAAAUAAAUAAAAUAAAAAUAAGUUGUGAUGAUGGGAUAAUUUCUGUGAAAUUGUUUGUAGAGGAUUUAGGUAUGUACUUUUUCUCUGUUAAAGUUUCUUAUUUUGAAGAAUAAAUGAAAAGUUAUAUUAAAA